CCGGAGGGGUUCCGGGCCAAGCAUGGCGGAGUCGGAGGUGAUGCUCCGGCGGGUGCCGAGCCGCUCUUCCUGGCAGCGGGUGCGCAAAGCCCGGCCCCACCUCCUCCUCAGCCGUCGGGGCCGUCGCCGGUUCGGGGUCCUGACCCGGGCCGAGCUGCGGCGGCUGCGGCGGCGGCUGCUGCGGGCACACGCGUUGGGCGGGGACUGGAAGCAGGCUGCCCCGGCGGGCGCGCACGUGGCGGUAAAGUGCAAACUCCGGGCCCGCAGCCGCCCGGCGCCCCGCAGCCAGCCCGUGCCGAGCGGCCCGCCCGCGCCCGGCGGCCCGCCCGGGUUCUGCAGCCUGCUCAAUCCCCGCAACCACUCCACGCCCCAGAGCCGGGCCGGACGCCCUGUGCGAAAGGUGUCCCCGAACGUCACCCAGCCCGCGCGGGACCUGGGCUCGGGCCGCGUGCUGCUGAUGCUGCCGCCCGGAGAGGGUUUUACUUUCAGCGGGAUCUGCCGUGUGACUUGUAUCUACGGCCAGUUGGAAGUAUACGGCUAUAUCAUCAACCAAGGGCAGCCUCCCCAAGAUGUCUUCUCUGUCUACACCCACUCUUACCUGACCAUCAAUGGGGUUCCGUACGCAGAACCUGAGAAGAGUGAAAAGGGGAUCAGGAGGGAGAUCCGGGCCCUGCUCAAGCCUUACACGAAACUCGAUGACAGAAACUGGGUAGUGCGGUACUUCCCUCCUCUGGGCUCCAUCCUGAUUCUAGAACGGAUGCAGACUCGCUUUGUGGACUUCCUGAAGACCUAUAAGUGCUCCUCAUACGUGCUCCUGCAGGAGAACACUCCUGUUCGGACUAAUUCUGAGUUUGCAACUUUGAAGAAAAUUGGCAUCAGAAGACAGAAGAGGAAGAAAGCCAUUUGCUUGAGUGAGAGUGGCCUCUGUGCCCUGGAAGAGUUAAUCAGCGUGUCCUGUGAUGGCUGCCCUGUCAUCCUGUUGUGUGGCGCUUGUGACAUUGGAAAAUCAACGUUCAAUAGAAUACUGAUUAACCAGUUAUUAAAUAGCAUUCCUGGGGUUGACUAUCUGGAAUGUGAUCUGGGGCAGACGGAGUUCACUCCUCCUGGCUGCGUCGCUCUACUUACCAUCACAGAGCCACUUCUGGGACCACCUUACACGCACCAGAGGAAGCCACAGAAGAUGGUGUAUUAUGGGAAGAUGAACUGUUACAGUGACUAUGAGAAUUACAUUGAGAUAGUAAAAUACGUGUUCAGAGAAUACAAGAGAGAGUUUCCACUUAUCAUCAACACGAUGGGUUGGGUGUCAGAUGACGGGCUGCUGCUGCUUGUGGACCUGAUCCGGGUACUGUCUCCCAACUAUGUCGUUCAGUUAUACUCUGAUCGCUGUAAAUUUACCCCGACUCUGACCUCCCAAUACGUAGAGCUCACAGACGGCCUGUACACAAAAAGCAAGAUCAAAAGAUACCGAGGUUUUGAAAUUCCAGAAUUUGGAGAUAAUUUAGAAUUUACUUAUGAAGAGAAAGAGUCUAGUCCAGCUCCAGUCUUCACUGGACACGUACUGCUGUCUGUUCACUCAGAGUUCUUAAGUAGUAAAAAUGAGAAGAACAGGGCCAAAUACAACAAGAUUUUCCGAGAUCUGGCAGUGUUGGGCUACAUUAGCCAGCUGAUGCUUCCAGUGCCAGAGCCACUUAGUCCUUUGCACAGUCUGACGCCCUAUCAGGUCCCCUUCAGUGCUGUCGCUAUCCGGGUUUUGCAUGCCGAUGUUGCGCCUACCCACAUACUGUAUGCUGUGAAUGCCAGCUGGGUUGGCCUUUGCAGGAUCGUGGAUGAUAUGAAAGGCUACACUCGGGGCCCCAUCCUGCUUGCCCAGAACCCCAUAUGUGACUGUUUGGGCUUUGCGUUCACAGAGCUGGAGAAGGUGCUGUGCUGA